GAUUAAAGUCAUUCGAUGACACAACAAUGGUGUCCACAUAUCUGCUGGGAUUUGCAUAAUGUAUUUAUUGAAUUUUUAUUCAGUGGUAAAGUCACGUCAAUGUUGCGUUAAAUGUGCAGUUGUUGUUGCAGUUAUUUUUUACUGCACAGAAAGUCAUUGUCAUGUUUGAUUUUCUGGAGAAAACAUUGAGCUAGCUAAUGGCUUUGUUUAGAUCAUAUAAAGUACAUGUUUGAAAGUGUUUGAGAACGUUUAGAUGUCAUCAGAAGAAGUACAGAGAAUAGCCCCGUGGAAAUGAUAUAUAGCUUAAUUGUUUUUAUUGAUCUCUAUCAAUACACAUGUUCAUCAAUAACUUGCCACAGUAUGGCUGAUUCACUAAUCAGAGUUGGACAAUUGUCGCCCUGGAAGAUUAAUUAUUGACUAGAUUUUCUGGGUUACUGGAAAGUCAACGUAACAUUAAUAGUGUGAAGCAGGACAGAUUUGUGCUUAUAAUUCCAUUGGAAUAGUGGAUGAAUAUAUAUUCAAUGGAUUCCUUGAAAGGGAUUUUGCGUUGAUUAAUGUGAAAAAAUGACACUUUUAAAAUACAUGUAGCUCUAUAAUUUACAGAAUGGAGACUGCUACAAAAAAACAUGUGAUACAUACAAGGAUCGGAGUGUUAUUAAAUAGUGGAAUUUACUGCAAUUAUUCAAAUACUCUUUUUGUGGUGUGAGUUCGUGUGAAUUGUUUUUAACUGAUCGUUUUAGAUAUAGAUUCUCAGUUGUUCUCCGAGGAACUUUCAGGGAGAUCAAACGAUCCCACCUUUGAUUCCCAAUGUGUACUCUUUAGCUCUGUCAAAAUGGAUUACCCAAGACUUGCAUAGAUGUAACAAAUUGUAUCGGCAAACAUUGGCAUUUAUUUGUAUAAAGCAUUGUGACAAACUAUUUGUACUGGUGUAUAUCUUGGUAAUGGUCUGGUUUGCCUAUACUGCUAAUCCAACACUGAGGGCUGGCCAAGAGGUGAAGUGUGGGAGUGUGUUUGUGACAUCAAAAGAUACAGUACAGAAGAUCAAAUCUACCAUCUUGACAACGAACAUAAAGCAUAAAAAGUCAGGCAAACAUGCAGUAGCCCUUGGGACCAGUUUUGGACAUGUGCAUUCCUUUCUGAAGGAUGACCUUCAUCUUCUGCAGAAGUUGGAGGCUGGUCAUGAUCAGUGUUUGAUGCUGAUAAAGAAACCCAAAUCCUCCGCAAAACAGAUGCUAAAGUCCCAGAGCUGGUCAAAUCUAGCAUCUCCAUCAGAUUCUGGUAUCUUUCACAAAGCUGAUGAAGAGGAUUUCAAAAAAAGACUCAAAUCAAAGAUGAAGAAGAAGCCAUCAUCUGACUAUCGCCUAGCUCCUGUUAGAGAUCUGUCACCUCAAAAUAAUUCAUGUGAAGAUGGAGGGUUCUUAAGUCACCCCCCUAACAGUAUGUAUCGAUGGAGAAAGAUGGACGACACAGCCUCGGACCUAUCUGUAUCCAGUGGCUAUAAGUCUUUGGACAGAAAAGAUCACAGUAGUUUUUUGAGAAGAUCUCAACCGAGAGAUAUGCAAAUUAACUCUCCACAACUUCGCAAGGAUGGGCGGCGUUAUCAAAGCCACAAUGACAUUUACUUUCAAUCCCCCAAAAAGGUAGUCAACAUUCAGCCGGAGGAAGAUAGCUGUACAAUAAAAAGUGAUGAAUUUUAUUCUGAAACCAAUACCCAAGCAAAUACAACGUUGACAUCAGAACUUGAUGAAUCAAAGGAUCAAGAAAAGGUGCCCCGGUCUCAUAGUCUGGGGGACCUUUCUACGGGGUUGACCUUAUCUUUAGUUGGACAGAGAAAAGCUGAGAGCAUACAGAGCUUACCCCUAGCCUCACAGAAAGUUACACAGAAGAAGACCAGUUACGCGAAACGAAAAACUGAGUCAAAGGGUCAACUUAGACACCCAAAAGGCAACAAAAACAAGCAGAGCAUAGAAAGUCAGAUACAAAGUAUUAUACAAGCAAGGGAUGAUGGUGAUGUGACGCCAACCACCCCAGAGAUUAACGCAACUCCAACACAGCCGAUCAUUUGCAAGUCUAACAGCAGUUCACAAAUGAUGAAAGAAAAUGCCCUGAAUAAUGUACAGCGAGCAUUAAAGGCCGACUUGCUUCCUGAUAAGCAUGGUAUUAACAUGACAAAAUCUGAGAAGGAUGAAGACAAUUCUUCUGACAAGAGCAACCAAUCCAGUAGGAGCACUGUCAAAACACCAAACAGACCCCGACGGACUUUGCCAACGGUACCUAAAGGUUCUGAAGAGGCUGGAGAAAAGAAGAAAAAGUAUACAGACAUGAUGAAGAUGAGGGUGUCUCUACAUAGCAGUAACAGCUGUGGUUCUUUAUCCAGACAAUCCAUUCUCUCACCGGGAUCUGAAAGUGUGUCUCAGAAUGACUCACAGACAGACACACCAUCAGACAAAGAGGUGUCGGAACUAUUUAAUGGUCAUUCAGCCAAACUUCACAGACACAGCCAUUUAACAGACUGCCAAAUGGUAAAUAGCAAUGGAAUACCUUUCAAUGGAAAUGUGCAUUCCUCUUUACCCUCUGGAUUGAGAUCCUGUGACUCAGGGCAGACAACUCUCAGGUCGUGUGAUUCUGGACAGGCUACACUGAUGUCACUCAGCAGUACAGUAGAUUCAGGCUAUCACACUACAGAUGCUGAAAGUGAUAUUUCUUCUUACACUCGAAGCUUACAGAUAUCAGCUCACAAUUUCUAUUCCUCUAACAAAUUAAAUGGCUAUGGAUUAGGAAGUGGUCCAAAACAAGAGACCGAUAGGAGCUUUCUGAAUGCACAGUUGCAUCAAAUAUCUCCAAAGCAACAACCUGUUUCAAGAAACAUUGUUUACCCAUGUAGUAUUCCCACAAUGCAACCAUCCAAUCCAUUGGUGCAUAGUUCUCAAUCUCAGAUGAGUAUGCCAUUCACUGCCCAGAUGAAAUCCCCUUCUGUUGAGAGACAAGCAUUCCCUCCAACCAAUGUUCAUAUUGACAAAGCUCAUGAAGUGAUUCGAAGGAAUUCAGCAUCAAUGAUGCAGAGUGAAAAAGGAAGGAAUUCUUCUUCACAUCCAGAUGAAUUAAAUAAUCAAAAUGCAAGACAACAAAUUCCAAAAGAUUCAAAUGUGACUGAGAAUGGGAAAAAAGUCAGGCCACAGUCUGCUCAAACCUCUAGCAUCAGAAUUCAGGAUAACACAGUUUCCUCUACUCAAUGCCUGAUGGAAAAUUCUCCUCACCCAAAAAUCAUGCCAACUUCAACAGGACAUUCCAUUCCACAUCAAGGAGAGCAUCAGUAUUUGGUGAAAACAAUCUCAGCUGACAAGUCAGUGAAAAAAGAUCUGAUGGACAAUUUCUCCCCUGAGAAUUACCUUUCUCAUUCCACUCCUACCUCAAAAGGGCUUUCUUACAGUAAUACUCUCCCAAGGUCUACCAACCCUUACAAUCAAAAAGUACUCAGUUCUUCUGUCAAACAAUUCUCAAGUCCACAACCUGUCAACUUUACAGGGAGCGGUACCCUGAACUGUGAUACAAACCAAAUGAAAUCAAAAUACACUUCGUCUUGCCAAGCUGAAUCAAUGAAUCAAAAACAGGUCAAUGCAAAUAUGAAAUAUUCAUUGGAAGGCCCAGGACAGAACAACAACAACACAUACAUGUCUACCUCAGUGCAAAUUCCUGCAACUUCAGGUUAUCAUUUACAGAAUAAAUUAACUGCCAAAGUGUUUAACCAUGACUAUGUGAAUGUGCAAGGAAGAGAAAUCAGACUUGGCAUUGACUAUGACUCAGUGGAUCCGAACACCUCAGACAGCUCCAACAUAUAUGAGGAAUACCACACUGGUUGUCAAGAAUGCAGCAAGCAAGAAUUCCAGAGUCAAGGACCACUCUUUCCAAAGAAUAAUUUACCAGAGACUGUUAUUGUUCCUCAGAAUGCUGGAGCGAAAGUUCCCAGUUUGUUUCAGUUACUCCAGAGUUAUGACCUUCACCCCUUGUUCUUAAAAUUCUGUGAUAAUCUCCCUGCCUCUAACUUUAUAACUUUUUCUGAUUGUUCCAUUGUGCUGUCUAACAUAAAGCAGGACAAAAGAGAUGCCAUAGCAAUAUCCACACCUCAGGGAAAAUGUGCAACCAUUGGAGGUCCCGGAAGUGCCUUCACUCCAGUGAAGAAUGCUGUUGUCAGCACCUCCUCCACCUUCUCUAUGGUAACUGUAGCAAACUUCACAACUCCACCUGGCUGUGAUUUGGCAGGGAUACAGAAAGGGGACAUAAUUAUUGAGGUCAAUGGUGCUACCACGAUGUCCAUACCUGCAGUAUCACUGAAGGCAGCCAUCCAAGCACAGCCUGGAGAUAUCCGACUGCUUGUGGCUAGAUCUAAGGAGGAGAAAGAGACGAAAUCACUAGAAAAGAAAAAUGAAGAAAUAGACAACCUGAAAAAGCAUCUAGCCACCAUGUACAGGGACCUGCAGAAGAAAAGCAGUGCACUGCAAGAACUCACUUCACAGAGAAAUGUGAUCAUUAAAACCAGAAAACCAGAGAUUAAUGGGAAUGUCAUGAGUCACGAAGCCAUCCUGAAUGCCUUAAGUGAAGAUGAAUACAUUGUUUGAUGUUUAUGUUUAAUCUUCAUUGUUUAAUAUCAUUCAUGCAUUUCAUUUUUACAUCAUAUAUUUAAUGAGAGACGACUUUAAAACUACUGAUACUUAUAACUACUUGUGGAUAUACUUAUAAAUACUGUUAUCAUAGUGCAAUCAGAAUAUGGCGUCUUGUCAAAAUGUUCAUUUCUAUUGAGUGAAUCAUUUGUUGUUAUUUUGUAUUGUUAAUUAUUAGGACACUGAGAUCUAGUACGACUUCUCGUAAUUGUCACAUUCUUGUUGAAGUAGACUGGAUUCAUCACUAUAAUGGCCAAUAAAAGACGGAAACAAG